GGGGGCAGCAGAGAGGCUGGAGCCGCUGCUGGAGCCGCUAGAGGCCGGUACUUCCGUGUCUGCUGUGCGGCUGUUAGCUCCGUGCGCCUUUAGUGUCUGUGUGAGUGCUUUAGCGGAGCCUUAAAGCGGACAGAGCACACUGAAACAUGGCACAAGUGAAGCUGAAGGAGGAGCCGGAGCCAUGGGAGUCAAAGGAGCCGGACAACAGAGUUUCCCGUGAGCUCAAAGAGGAGCUGGACCACAGAGGUGACCAGACCCAAACUGCACUGAUCCAAGUUAAAGAAGAACCAGAAGAAAUAAAAAUCCCACAGGAGAGAAACUCGGAAAGUCCAAUCCUACAUGUCAUUGUCAAGAGUGAAGAUGAGGAUGAGGAGGAAGAGGCACAGUCCCAUGGAGACGAUGAAGAGGACAGAGAGGAUAAAGAGGCCACGGGUUUAGAAUCAGAGAGUGAACAACAUUCCUCUGGCACGGACGACUCGGAGGACUGGAAACCUGAACGCCCCACACACACUAAGCCCACGAAACAGCUGCAGGAGCCGGCUCACAGGGACAAUGGAGCAGGAGGCAAACUUCACAAAUGCGCUCAGUGUGGGAAGGAGUUCGACACCCGCACAAAACUCAAAGUGCACGAAAAGAAUCAUGGCACUGAACGGCCUUUCCACUGUCCCUUCUGCGAAAGAGGGUUCAAGAAGAACGGCGCUCUGAGAACUCACAUGAGGAUCCACACAGGAGAAAAACCAUUCAGGUGUUCGGUUUGCGCAAAGGAUUUUCAGUACGGGAUCACGCUCAAGGCACACAUGAGGGCACACACCGGAGAGAAGCCAUUCACCUGCUCAGUUUGUGCCAUGGGUUUUACCACAGAGUACCUCCUCAAAGUCCACAUGCGGGCGCACACGGGAGGGGAGACUUUUGGGUGUCCAGUUUGCGCUAAAGAUUUCAUCACAGAGAAUCGUCUGAAGCGCCACAUGACCAUUCACACUAAAAACAGACCUUUUGGGUGUUCAGUGUGUGGGGAGAGCUUCUCCACGAGCAGCCGCCUGCGCACUCACACCAGGGUCCACACGGGGGAGCUGCUGUUCACCUGCGCCAUCUGCGACAAAGACUUUGCUCGCAAAAGCUUCCUGAAAAAACACAUGAGGUCUCAUACGGGCGAGAGACCUUUCAGCUGUUCAGUCUGUAAAAAGAGCUUUGCUCAUAAGUACAAUCUCCAGAGACACAAAUGCUCCAGACCGACGCUCCCAGACCAAGAGCAGGGACCAGUGUGACCAAUGUGACAGUACACAUGUUUAUGUGCACGACCAGUCAAAUGUUUGGACACGCCUCCUUAUUCAUUGUUGUUUUUUGUUUGCUUACUACUUUAUACAGUUUAUAUACGUUCAUAAGACAUCAAAUAUAUGACGUAAGAUACACUGCCUGGCCAAAAAAAAGUCACCACCUGGAUUUAACUAAACAAAUAUGUUGGUGUUGCUGCAGUUGUUCAGGUCUAGGUUCAGCAACAGUCUGUGCUCAAAGAAUGAGGUCAGCUGACACCUGAAUAUACUGAAUGACCAGGUUAUUCCAUCAAUGGAGUUGUUCUUCCCUGAUGACACGGGCAUAUUCCAAGAUGACAAUGCCAGGAUUCAUCAGGCUCAAAUUGUGACAGAGUGGUUCAGGAGCAUGAGACAUCAUUUUCACACAUGGAUUGUCCACCACAGAGUCCAGACCUUAACCCCAUUUAGAAUCUUUGGGAUGUUCUGAAGAAGCUUUGUGCAGCGUCAGACUCCACCAUCAUCAAUGCAACAUCUGGAAAAAAAUCUUGUGACAUUGCAGAAGCAAAAUCAAAACAAUGCCACAGCGAACGCAAGCUGUAAUCAAAGCUAAAGGCGGAACAACCAAAUAUUAGAGUGUGUGACCUUUUUUUGGUGGUGACUUCUUUUUGGCCGGGCAGUGUAUGAAGUAAGAUAUAUGGAUUUAUGUAGUGAAGAAACAAAGUGAAAUAACUCAACUAUAUAUUUUCUAUUCUGCUGUAAACCCUUGUCCAUCUCUGUGAGCUUCAUGAUGACGUCUCCUGACAGGGUUUUCACUUCACAGCUGAGCCGCAGGGUCAAGAAGUGGCAAGAGUUCAAACCAGUGAACAAAGCAAAGGGUAAAGGUGAUUUUAAAAAAAAGUCAACUCUAAUAAGUUUAGAUUUAUUUUGAGUAGAUUUGUGUUUGCUGCAUCCACAUGUGUCACUCAUCGAUGCUUCAGUGAGACUCUUCAGUGUAAAUAAUCAUGAAAAAGUCCAAACAUGUGACAGGUCGUGUUUAUAAAAUGCACUGAACCAGAUCAGAUUAUAUGUCCGAGACUACCAAUGUGUCAUAAUAAAGGUGCACUGUGUAACUUUUCGAGUGAAAGGUGCACCACCUGAUUUUCUCCAAAGAGAUGCUGUUUGUCUGAAAUGUUGUGCAGUAUAAGAUUACACUAACACUGUCUAACUCCACCAGGCCAAGUUACAGGUCAGAUCUUCAUUCCUGGUGAAGCAGUAUCUCCAUGGAGACGAGCAGGAGUUAAAACACCAGAAAAGUUACAAGUCAGGUCUGUGGAGAGUUAAGCAUCCUCACUGAAAGGGUGUAUGUUUUUCUAGAAUUUUUACUGCAAUUAAAACGCCUAUAGCUGAAUAAAUGCCUUUGUAUUUCAUGGUAUUGUUCUAAUAGAAAAUGUGUCCUCUGCAUUUGACCCAUUCUUCAGUGCCUCUGGGUUACAUUCUUCAGGAGCAGUGCAGUGCCCGGGGUCCAAUCUCCAGAUCAGAGCCAGGUUUGGUCAGGAGCCCCACUUAAACACCACCCAAGAGUCGAAUCCAGGACCCUCUGGCUGUGAGGCGACAGAAGCAGCCACUGUGCCACCACAUCAACUGAAACCAGCACUGCUCUGGCAAUAUGAUAAAUAUACAAGUUAUUACAAUUCAGCUACUUUCAUAACAGUUUUCAUAAGACCAUUAAAGGCCCAUAUUCUCU